AUGACUCGUAUCAAGUGCUCGAAACUUCGUGGAAAGAAACCAGAUGAACUACAAAAACAACUUACUGAAUUACGUCAAGAACUGAACACACUUCGAGUUGGCAAAGUAACCGGCAGCGGUGGAGCACAAAAAUUAGGCAAAAUCCGUAAUGUACGAAAAUCAAUCGCACGUGUGCUGAUCGUUACACAUCAAACGACAAAAGAGAACUUGCGCUCCUUAUAUCAUGGUAAAAAAUACAAACCCAAAGACUUACGACAACGUAAAACACGAGCCAUUCGACGUUUACUAACUCCAAAGGAAAAAUCCAUUCGUUUGAAGAAAGUUCAACGACAACAAUGGGCGUUUCCUCAACGUACUUAUGCUGUUAAAGCUUAA